AUGGAAAUGGCUUUUACUGCACAGCUGCUUCUGCUGUCCUCAUUGUUUCUACAACCAGUUCUAGUGCUUUCCCAAACUAAUGGUAGCAUAGCAGUUGGUGGUUCUCUUACUGCAACUGCAGAAGGAAACUCCUCCUCAUCAUGGCUUUCUCCAUCUGGUGAUUUUGCCUUUGGAUUUCGGCCACUUGGAAACAAUGAUCUUUUCUUGCUUUCAAUAUGGUAUGCCAAAAUACCAGACAGAACCAUAGUUUGGUAUGCAAAUAAUAAGCCUGCAGUUGCACCAGCUGCACCUCUGGGAUCAACUGUGAAUUUGACUGCUCACAGUGGACUAGUGCUCACAAGUCCUCAAGGCAAAGAGUUAUGGAAAUCUGAAACCAUAGUUGGUGUUGUUGCUAAUGGGGUUUUCAAUGAUACCGGCAACUUUGUUCUUGAAGAUGACAGUUCAAAGAAGUUGUGGGAGUCUUUCAAGAAUCCUACUGAUACUAUAUUGCCAGGACAGAUAAUUGAAACAGGAGGAAGCCUUGCUUCUCGACAAUCGGAGACUAACUAUUCCAAAGGACGGUUCCAGCUACGGUUGCAGCAAGACGGGAACCUUGUGCUCAACUCCAUAAACUUCACAACAGGGUCUACUAACACACCGUAUUAUGGAAGCGCCACUACCACAGGGACAGUGCCAGGAAGUGAAGGUAAACAGUUGGUUUUCAAUGACUCAGGCUACUUGUAUGUCCUGAGAGAGAAUGGUGGAAAAUACACUCUCACAUGGGGAAAUAGGGUCUCAGCAAUGGCCUAUUAUACUAGAGCAACUCUCAACUUUGAUGGGGUUUUUGCUCAGUAUGUUCACCCAAAGACUUUUUCUGGCAAUGCAAGCUGGGAACCUCUUUGGUCACUGCCAGAAAAUAUUUGCCUGGAUAUUGAUGCUGAUUCAGGUCCUGGGGUUUGUGGGUUCAACAGUAUCUGCGCACUCAGUGCAGCAGAUAAGAGGCCAAAAUGUGAAUGCCCAAGAGGGUUCUCUUUGCUUGAUCCAAAUGACCUAUAUGGAAGCUGCAAACCCAAUUUCAUACAAAGCUGUGAAGAAAAAGAAGAAGAGCAUCUAUAUGAUGUUCAGAUGCUAACAAAUACUGAUUGGUUAACCUCAGAGUAUUCGCGUUUGGAGGAAUUUACUGCAGACAACUGCAGUGAGUCCUGCAUUCAAGAUUGUUUAUGUGGUGUUGCUAUUUACAGCAAUCAAACCUGUUGGAAAAAGGAGUUGCCCCUCUCAAAUGGGAGAGUGGAUAGCAGUCUACGUGCAACGACCUUCAUCAAAUUCAGGAAGGACAAUUCAACUCUACCAGUCCCUCCAUCGCCAAGUCCAGAUGAUAAGAAGAAUAACAAGACCACCUUCACGGGUAUACGACCGGUGAUUUUGGCUACCGCUCUCUUGGUUUGUCUUGUGUUAAUUGCUGCUGCAUUUUCUCUUGGACUGUUCUUUACUUUUCAGAAAAAACAGGUCAGGAUUAUGCAAAGUGGUUUGAACAUAAGUUUGCGUCCUUUCAGUUACCAAGAGCUUCAGGAAGCUACAAAUGGAUUCACGGAAGAAUUAGGAAGGGGUUCUUUUGGGGUAGUUUACAAAGGAAUAAUACAAAAUGGUUCUCAAGUCCAAGUGGCAGUGAAGAAGCUACACUGCGUGAUACAAGAUGGUGAUAAGGAAUUCAAGACAGAAGUGAAUGUAAUUGGGAAGACACAUCACAAGAAUCUGGUACGUCUGCUUGGAUAUUGUGAUGAGGGACAACAACGUUUACUAGUAUAUGAACUCUUGAGCAAUGGCACAUUAGCAAGCUUCCUUUUUGCUGAUGUCAAACCAAGUUGGGGGCAACGAAUCGAAAUUGCUUAUGGAAUUGCCAAAGGACUUGAGUACUUGCAUGAAGAGUGCAGCACCCCAAUCAUCCAUUGCGAUAUAAAGCCUCAGAACAUACUUCUUGACGAUUAUUACACUGCCCGGAUCGCUGAUUUUGGAUUGGCAAAGCUUUUGAUGAUGAAUCAGAGCCACACUCAUACUGCCAUCCGAGGAACAAAAGGGUAUGUUGCACCCGAGUGGUUUAGGAACAUGCCAAUCACUACCAAAGUUGAUGUGUAUAGCUUUGGUGUUGUACUACUAGAGAUCAUCUGCUGUAGGAGAAGCGUCGAUGUGGAAAAUAGCUGCGAAGGGAAAGCGAUUUUAACCAAUUGGGUUUAUGAUUGCUACCAAGAAGGAAAAAUAGAUGCUGUUCUAGAUCACGAAACUGAGGCUUUGCAUGAUAAAAAGAAUCUGGAAAAGAUUGUGAUGGUUGCUAUUUGGUGCAUCCAAGAAGACCCGGCUCUUCGGCCGACUAUGAGGAAGGUUGUGCAGAUGCUUGAAGGAGUAGUGGAAGUGCAUGCUCCACCAUGUCCUUCCUCAUACACCAGAGCAGCCUGAAACGAGCUUUCUUAUCUUUGUAUC